AUGCCACCCGCAACCAAACGACGCAAAAUAGAGCCCACAGCAGUGGAGGAAAUCACAUUUGAUCUGACAGCGCGACACGAAUACCUGACAGGCUUUCACAAGAGAAAAGUGCAGCGGGCGAAGCAGGCGCAGGAGGCAGCGGAGAAAAGGGCGAAGGCGGAGAAAGUCGAGCAUCGGAAACAGAUUCGUGAGGAACGAAAAGCCGACCUGGAGAGGCAUGUUAGAGAAGUCAAUGCCCUGCUUGCACCUGCGACAGCUGCACUGGACAAUGGAGACGAUGAGGGGUCGGAGAGUGCGUGGUCUGGAAUCGAGGAUCUCGAGCCGCCUCCGAUAGACCAUGAAGCAGAAUACAUUGAUGAGGAUAAAUAUACCACAGUGACAGUGGAAGCAAUGGAUGUGUCUCGCGAUGGACUGUUCAAGGCGGAGCAAGAAGAUGCAAAAGGCGAUGAGGAGGGAAGCGCAGAUCGUCCGGCAGAGCUGACAACAGAACAGAAGCGAAAGUGGACGAAAGACAAGCCUAAAGAUGGUGCUCAUAAGGUUAAGAAGAAGAAGAGGAACUUCAGAUAUGAGAGUAAGGCCGAAAGAAAGGCAACGCGGUCCAAGGAAAGGUCCAAGAACCACAAACAGGCUCGAGAACGAAAGUCUGGAUGA